AUGAAUGAGACCGAUGAAGAAGAUGAUCAUGAAGCUCGAAGCAGUAGGACUCGAACAAGGGACGAACAAGAUCAAGUGGCAGAUGAAAAGAACAACAAGCAUCUAGAAACACUACAUCACGAGGUGGAACAACUUGUACCUCGUCUCUCGGAGGUAGAACAAACGAUGCAGCUGGAAAAUAAGUCUUCUUCGUCUACUACUCUGUUAGAACAAGAUCAUAUUGACCAGGAGGAGAGAACAUCAUCAUCCUCGACUUUUGGUGGAUCUUCUCUCAACAUAACGGCCCCCUCCUCCAAUUUGACGACCUCCACUAUGAAUAUGAUCACUUCAACGUGCUCCUCAAACAUGAUCUCGACUUCAGCCUUUGUUCCACCCACGACUUCUCCUUCAACAUUCAACACAUCUGCUCUUUGUUCAUCAUUCAAUCCCUUAAAGCCCUCAUCAUCUUCUAUGUUGUUGCCCUGUUUGCCUGUACCUCCGACGACGACCACAACAUUGGGAAUUUUACCCACUCCUCCCCCGAGGGCGACAGGAGCUGGUGGAACUACUUCUACUAUUACGGGAGGUUAUUUCUACAUUGCAUCUUCCUGCGCUAGUGCCAUUCUUGACUUGUUUCCCGAUUAUAGGGAAGAAGUCAAGCAGGACGUUCUGAAGAAUGCAAUUCCGCAACCUCUAAUACUACUGCUACGUUUUGUUCAGCACCAUCUCCCACUACUGCCCUUCAGACCAGUGCUCAGAGUCAGAUGGCCCAGUUUUUACAACCACCGCCACCCCUACCUCAACCGCCUCCGGCAACUACUUUUUUCCGCGAUCUAGAGGUACGCGUUUUGCAAGCUGUGCAGCAUUCUCAUUGUGUACACUAUGGUCUCAAAGAGCGCGAAAUCGAAGUGAAAGAGCAAGAGGAGAAGCUUCGGAAAGACCAAGCUGUUUCGGACCAGAGGGAGGCUGCUUUAGUUAUGGCUAGUGCAUCUUCUUCACUAUCUUCAAUGUCGUGUGAGUGAAGGAUGAGUAUCCUAAGUUGUGGUGAGCUGUGAAGUCUGUUGAUGAGUAUCCACCUAAGUGGCGACCGGCGUCCGUAGGAUGAGCAGUAAUAUCCUAGAGGCAAUAUAACCAAUGGGGCAGCAAGUCACUCAAUUGAUUAAUUACUUACUUACUGACUUACUUACUUACUUAGAAAGUCCUAGGCUCACCUUAUUACUUAUUUAUAUUUAUUCUUGAUAUGAUUAUUUAUUUAUUCUGUCAGAAUUAGGCUCUCUUUUCGCCUUAUUUCAUUUACUAGUCCCAACUCAUAAUAAUUUCUGUGGUUUAUUCUUGAUAGUAAUUGCCUAGCCGCGAAGCGUUAAUGUAGCUGAGACAGAAAAUCGGGUGGAGGCUGAACGCGGUAGGCUGGAAGCUUUGAAAGCGGAUCUGGACGCUCUCAGUAUCGAUCUGAAAGCAGAACGAAAAUACAUAGAUCGUUACGGCUUGUAUCUUCACUCUACACUUUUUGAAUACAUCAUAGAUCUUCGUUACGGCUUGUAUGUUCUUGUUCACCCUACACUUUUUGAAUACAUACUGAUCUUCGUUACGGCUUGUAUGUUCUUGUUCACUCUACACUUUUUGAAUACAUACUGAUCUUCGUUACGGCUUGUAUGUUCACCCUACAUUUUUUGGAUCUAGUAGUAGAAAGUUAUUUCUCAUCCGUAGAGAAGUAGAAAGUUAUUUCUGAUCCGUAGAGAAGUAUCUUCAUUCUAGUACCUCUAAUACGGUAAUAUUACCGGGUGUAGAAGUGAUAAAGAUAAAGAUAUUUGUGAUUCAAUCGCACUAUAUGCUGUAGUUUUACUGUACGACUAUGCUCUUACGUAGUUGUUGUUUUCUCCUAUACUUCCACCAGCACUUUACAUGUUUCUUUUGGGCGGUGGAAUCUAGUUUGGACAAGCGCGACUUGGAAAAAUGACUGAUCGACCAUAUUGGGCUCUCUCCUUCUAACCUUGAAUGCAGGAGAAACGCGAAGCGAAAGAGCGGGGACAGAAAUCCGCGAGCGUCGAUCUCGACAAACGCCAAGCGGACAUCGCGAUAAAAGAAACCUACGUCUUGGAGCAACAGUCGGUGAUGGAGACUCGGGCGAGGGAAAUUGAUAGGCGGGAGAAGGAAGUGGAAAGACGGGAGAGCGAAGUUGAAAAACGUGCAAACAAGCUGGAAAAGCGUGAGAAGGAAGCCGACAUACGAGAUCUGGAGUUGCAAACUAGGAAGGAAGGGUUGGAAACCAGGGAUUAAGGGUUACCACAUUGCAUUCUUCACUACCGUCCUUGACUUUUUUUCCAGUAGGAAAAGGGUCAGGGAUGAUCUGAAGAAUGCAAUGCCGCAACCUCUAAAGGGAAGCGGCGCUGAAGACGGCAGCUGCGCAAGUGGGCACUACUGGCAUAGACGUAACGACUUUGAGUAAAGAGGUCAAAGAACGGACUGAGGCCUUGAACUUAUGGGGUGGCACUUCAACUUCAUCUGAUCGUAGUUAAAAACGAAGGAAAGGGAACAAUCAUGUCCUCGUGGUCCUCCCCAAGUGCUGGGGCAAGGGUAGUUUGGAUUUAUUUAUAGGCCAUAAGGCUUUUUACAAGUAGUUCCUAUUAAUAGCCUUCAUUGGCUUGGCAUCUUUCAUUGCACAAGCGCGAGAAGGACUUGGACACGCGGGACGAGAAGAUCAAAAUGCGUGGGCAGGAUUUCGCGGAGCGCAUGGACCAAUUGAGAGGGAAGCAGAACGACUUGCAAAAGCAGGCAAAAGACUUGCAACAGAAGGAAAAUGACUUGCAACAGAAGGAGGCUGAUCUAAAAACGAAGAUGCUGAUGCUUGAGAUCGAGGCUCAGGAGACUUCCGAGAUAGCAAUGCGCAAGAAAGAAAAGCUAAACGGUGGACCACGCGACAAUAAGCAGCUUCUGUUAUGGGUGUAGGGAAUUCAUCUUCGAAGUUGUCAUUUGGAUUGGAAGAGAAAAACAGGAGGAAAAUGGCACCUUCCAGGCGAUCCCCGAGAUGGAUUUCCAAUACCUCUAAUUCUGGAUAACGAUAAGACCGCUAAGAACAAGAAGGAUAAACAAGGUCCUGCUGGUGUAGCAGAGGCCGCUGUUGAAAGCAAAGCUGCAGUUGCAGGAGAGGAAAAAAUGAAGAACAAGCUAGAAGCAGAAGGAGGUCCAGCGAAAAAAUCGAAAAAGUGGAAAAAAGAGGAUGGCAACCGAACUUCAGGGGCUGAUGUAGUGGUCGCGGGAACUACUUCCGAUAGUGGUACUACAUCUACGAAGUCGAAGAUUGACAUUUUUGCCACAAGUAAUCCCGAGCCGUCGGAUGAAAAGCACACAUCAAAUGUUGGAGAGCAGCAGAUGAAAUCAAGAAUAGACAAGAAGGAGAAAAAAGCCGCAGCAGAGAUGAAGACCUUAUCUUCAAAGGUCAACCAUGAGCAUCAUGAGAGGGAGGAUCUUCAAAAAAAUGGUGAUCAUCCUCAACAUGGAUCAUCUAGUACAACUACUACAUCAUCCAAGAAGAAAAAAAAGAAAAAAGCUUCCGCAACUGCCGAUAAGAACCUUCUAAAGGAAGGACAAAUGAAUAUAGAUAAGGAAGGUGAACAAGAUAUGACUAAGCUUCCCGAGGCUAGUUGUACUAAGGUGGUGGACGAGCCUAGUACUAGGCCUACCAAAAGAACCUCCAAAACAGUGGAGACUACUGCUGGAGACGACGAGACGAAGAAUAUAGUAGCCCCAAAAAAACGAGAAGCUUCACACGACAUUGGCGAGACUCCUGACUCGAAGUCAAAUGUAAACGGACCUCAGAUGAAAAAGAAAAAAAAGAACAAGAUGAAUCUGAACAAUAAAAAUCCUUGAACUUCUUGAAAUGAAGAUCAUGAUAAGUAAGUAAAUCGUAUUUUGCGAGCAGCAGCUUCAAUUUCAAUUAUCAUAUCUUUAUCAAAGCAAAUAAGCAUGUAUUUUGGAACUCCUGGCUCAAAUCUCCCUUAUAGAUAGGUAUUACCCGAAGAAAACCGGAUUCUAUUCCCUGCUCGUUGCGCGUAGUUUCUAUGAUUUCUUGUUCGUUGCACCACGUGCCGCCGAGGAGCUUAAUAUCGUUGCAUCAAAAAUAAGUCCCAUUUCGUUUCGCACUACUGUUACUAACUUCACGACCUAUAGACGUCUGGAGCCAUGGCCCCUGAAAUCAAGCCAGAAAUCUUCUAACUCUAUAAUUCUAAUGCACCAAUGUGAAUAUAUUUUUUGACCGCGCCCUCGUCCAGCAUAACUACAUUGAAACAAUGCUUCCCUUUGACCGCGCCCUCGUCCAGCAUAAUAUUAAAUUUAAAACAAUGUUUCCCUAGACCACAU